AUGGGCUUAUCCAGUAUCGCUUUCCUUUCAGCCUCUUCAGUGGCUCUCCCCCCUGUAUCCAGAGUUUCGCCACUCAAUGCCGAUCUAUUCACCUGGGAACUACGAGAUCACCCGGAUCGGCAAAGAGUGAACUUUAUAAUCAAUGGUAUUCGCCAUGGAUUCAAGGUGGGCUUUAAUCAGAUCCCGUCUCUUCUUUCCGCUCGGCGUAAUAAGAAAUCGGCCGUUGACCAUCCCGCAGUCGUCGAUCAGUACUUGGCCAACGAGGUUGCAUUGGGCAGGGUGGCAGGCCCCUUUAAACAAUGUCCCAUGCGGGACUUGCAUGUAAGCAGCUUCGGAGUUAUCCCUAAGAGCGGUCAACCAGGCAAGUGGCGCUUAAUUGUGGACCUGUCAUCUCCGGGGGGUUCCAGUGUGAACUAUGGUAUAGACGUGAAUGAUUGA